CAAAGACCAACCCUUAAGUUACUACUAAGAAUGGCGCAAUAAAAUCUUUGGAAAACAUCACCAUAACAAUCUUGCAGUAACACUACGGUUAUUUAACAAAAUCAGUUCGAGAACCUUGAUUAGCAAAAACCACUUAACGAGGCAGCAAGCACUAAUCAAGUGACACUUGGUUUCUAGAAAAGUUCGGCUAUUUAAAGCACUUUGGACUUUAAAAGAAUAUCAAUUUAAAUUGGAUCAGGCUGCAGUCCUAAUUUGGUCCAAUUUAAGUAAAAUCUGCCCUAGCUAACUUACGAAUCCGAAUCUCGUAUUGCUCUAUCGAUCGGAGCUUUCUUUGAGUCAACCCGAUGGUUUACUGGAUUGAGGUUCCAGAAUCCGGACGGCUGGUUCUCGGAACCAUAGGUUCCUUUUUGUGUUCUGUUUUAUAAAGAAUUGAUUUUUCGAGGAAGCUAGGGUUUGUUUUUCAGUACACUGUGUUUGGCUUUUCUGGGUUUCAUGUAUGGAUUCGGGUAUUACUGAUUUGAACUCAAGUGAAUGGCUCAGGCGGGAUGGUACAAUUAAAGUCUAUACUAGAAAGGGCAAAAGGAAAGCUGCUGUUUUGACUGCCGUCGAUGAUCGACCCCAGACCUUUAAAUCCGGAGACAAUGGCCAGACGAAGGAAAGUGUUGAUGUUCAUGAACCAAGUAGGCGAACCUUAGAGCCAGAGGGAAAAGAACUACCAAAGCAACCCGAAGAACACCCCAAUGAUUUGCUUCAGCUCGGAGUGGUUCCUGAACCACAAAGUCUUACUGGUGAUGGGCCCUUAGGUGAUGAACAUUUGGUUGUUGGGGAAGGACAGGGUGGUGGAAAUGGGCUGGUUAACCGCACCGACGAGCAAGAUGAAGUUAUCAGAUCCCACCCUGUGCUACAAGAUGAUAAUCACAUAGGUGAAUUACCAUCUGUGCAUUGUGUGGAGACCGAGGUUGUUAAGCCAGUAAUUUCUAGGGUCAAAGAUAUGGUUAGGAUUAAUUUUUCAGGAGCAAGGUCAGUUAAUGAGAUUAGGGAUCUUUUGAAGAAAGUAGAGAGUGAGCUCAAUCAGGUGAGGUCCUUAGUAAGGAAACUGGAAACAACCGAGCUUCAGCUAGCUUCGCAUGGUAAUAGUGUUGAUGUUAGUAAUGGAGGCACUAUUAGUGCUGUUGCUUGUGAUUUUGGUGAUCCUGGGCAUCCACAGUUUUCCCCGAGUUGGGAAAUAAAAAAUAGAGCUUUAAUGAGGGGGAAUUCAGAGGUAUGUUCAAUGGGGCAUCAAGAUUUUAGACGGUGUAGGACCCCAAGUAUUUCAGUCUCAGAAAUCAAUAUUGGGGAUGAUGAACUUGUAGAGAAGGAAAAGAGGACACCAAAGGCUAAUCAGUAUUAUACAAAUACAGAGUUCCUAACUGGGAAGGAUUUCUUGCCUCCCGAAAGCAAUAAAAAUUUGAAGCCUAAUGGUGCUGGGAAGAAGCAUGGUGGACGUGGUUUCAGUUUCAGUGAUGGCUCUUAUUGGCAUAAGAAUAGCAAGGUCUUCAGGAAUUGCAGCUCACUGCUUCAGAAGUUGAUGAAUCACACUUAUGGAUGGGUGUUUAAUACUCCAGUGAAUGCUAAUGCUCUUGGCCUACAUGAUUAUCAUGAUAUUAUUAAACAUCCCAUGGAUUUUGGCACAAUUAAGACUAGGCUCUCGCGUAAUAUGUACAAAUCUCCAAUGGAGUUUGCACAUGAUGUGAGACUCGUGUUCCGUAAUGCUAUGACAUAUAACCCAAAAGGCCAGGAUGUUCACAUUAUGGCAGAACAGAUGUCCAAGAUUUUUGAAGAAAAGUGGGUGUUUAUAGAGGCUGAAUAUAAUCCCAGUUGGAAGCUUCAAGUCUGUCAUGACUCGGGUUUUCCCGUAGAUACCAAAAAGAACUCAUCUUUUCCUUGUAGAACGCAAUUUCUUAAGAAACCAAAAGCUAAUGACCUAAACAAAAGGAACAUGACAUUUGAGGAGAAACAGAUGCUUGGAAGAAGUCUUCAGACUUUGCCUCCUGAACGUCUUGAUGGUAUUGUUCAGAUCAUCAAGAAGAGAAACCCUGCGCAUGCACAACAUAAUGAUGAGAUUGAAGUAGAUAUUGAUGGUGUCGAUGCAGAAACACUUUGGGAGCUUGAUAGGUUUGUGACCAAUUGCAAGAAAAAUCUUAGCAAGAAUAAGAAAAAAGCCAAAACUAAACAUGCUAGAGCGGCUCAGGCUGCUCUUCCAACGAUCCCUUGCCCGGUGGUUAACCAUUCACAGAAAGAACAUAAAACUGGAGAGACAAGUUAUUGUCCAACUACUAGUCCUGCUCCGGUUCAGUGUGAUAUGCAGGUGGAUAAUGUAAAUAGGUCUAGCAAUUCAAGAAGUUCCAGCAGUGACUCGGGAUCACCAUCAAGUGAUUCUGAUGAUGAUAGCUCCUCUGCUUCUGGAUCAGAUGCCGUACACUCACCUAAGAAUUGUCUGGACUCUUGAAUUAAAAGGUGAAAUCCUUUAGUAGUUGGUUGGGGAUGAGUCAAGUGGGAGCUUUUGUUCACUGCUUUUGUUCAGAGUCAAGUGGGAGAGCAUUUGACUCUUGGAGAGCUGCACGGCCCAACUCAGUCGUCUUCGCUACAAUAUAAUUGUUCAUCCAUUCUUGAUGAUGUGGUUUUUAAUUGAAAGGAUUUACGCAGAUUUGUGCGAGCAGGUCAAUUUAAGGAGUUAGCUUGCAGAUAGUUAGGCAUUGCUUCUUGGAUAGGAAUGCGCUGUUGUAUGUACCAUAAUUUUAAUUUGCUUUCCGUAGUUGAGUUUUAGCAAAAUAUUCUGUUGUUUAGAAGAAAAUUUCAGUGUAUGCAGGUCAUAGGGUGCUUGCCUGCCUACUUUUGUGCGUAUGUAUCUCAAGGUUAGAUUUCAUGCCGGAGUUCUAUGUGUUGGACAACCAGCUAUUAGGUGUUUCAUGUUUGUGCCACUUAUUUGAGUAGAUCUAUGGGUUAGUGGUUGGAGUCAGUUGUUUACUUUAGAAAAAAUGGUUGGUUUGGUGAGUGG